AUGGGGACACUGUACUCCAACAUCAUGUACGGAUACCUUGGAAGAGGCAACCGCAGUUACAUUCUCCGCACCAACGUCUGCCCGCAUUCGUGGCAUUGCACCGAUAUCCCCAUCAGAGAUACUGCUAUCGUCCGUGGAGGGGCCGCAGACGCCGAGGCCCUCAGAGCAACCAAAACACGUCGAAGUCCGCAUAUCAUUUCCCCUCAAACACUCAAACACCAGCCUCGUCGUCGCGUCUGCGCAUCCCCGCAUCACACCGAAGGGAGGAGAAGACUUCGAAAGGAGGAGCCGCUGCGGAUCCGCCCUGCAGGCAAGGCGAUGAGCGGAUACUGGAUGGAGGAGGAUUCAGACAAGACGGGAUGUCACAGUGAAAUGCGGAGAGCCGCUGCGGCCGUGGAGCGGAUCCGCAACUGCCGUGACACUACUGUUCUCACAACCGCUUUGCGGGGAAGGCCGAACUCUCAGAUUCGCAUCGUGGGGAGGGAGGGAUGGUCCAUGUCUUGA